AUGAGCGUCCCACAACCCAACAUCAACGCAAAGGAGAUCCAAGACCGCCUGUCUCAGUACAAAGGCGACAAAUACGUCGAGGGAUGGGCUGCCCUAUGGGAUAAGGGCGAUUACCUGCCCUGGGAUCGGGGAUUCCCCAACCCCGCCCUGGAAGACGCGCUCGUCCAGCAGCGUCCGACAAUUGGCGCGCCUGUUGCGACCGAUGCACAGGGAAAGGAGUAUCGGCGGAAGGCUCUUGUUCCUGGAUGCGGGAGGGGUGUCGAUGUCCUCUUGCUUGCGAGCUUUGGCUUUGAUGCCUAUGGCCUUGAGUACAGUGCUUCUGCUAUCGAGGCUUGCAAGAAGGAGGAGUCGAAAACUGCCGAUCUGUACCGGGUCCGGGACCAGGCUGUCGGCGCUGGGAAGGUCACUUGGGUCCAGGGUGACUUUUUCAGUGACGCUUGGUUAGAGAAAAUUGGUGUGCCAUUGAAUGGGUUUGAUGUGAUUUAUGAUUACACGUUCUUCUGUGCUCUGGAUCCCUCAAUGCGACCCAAAUGGGCACUUCGACACACCCAGCUUCUUUCCCCUUCGCCAGCGGGCAACUUGAUUUGUCUCGAGUUCCCCCGCCACAAGGAUCCUCAAGCUCCGGGUCCCCCAUGGCCCUCCACGUCGGAAGCAUAUGUGGAGCACCUGAGCCAUCCCGGCGAGGAAGUCCGAUAUGUCGACGGUGUGGUCAAGCACAAUCCUCUUCAGGCACCAAGUGAAGCGGGCCUUGAAAGAGUGGCACACUGGACGCCAGAACGCACGCACGAGGUAGGCAAGGGAGAGAACGGGGUUAUCCACGACCGGGUCUCCAUCUGGCGUCGCCGUAACUAG